AUGGCGCGCCGCACGUACAACAUCGCCAUGGUCAGCGACUUCUUCUUCCCGCAGCCGGGGGGCGUCGAGUCGCACAUCUACCAGCUCUCGAGCAAGCUCAUCGACCGCGGGCACAAGGUCAUCAUCAUCACGCACGCGCACGGCGACCGCAAGGGCGUGCGCUACCUCACCAACGGCCUCAAGGUCUACCACGUGCCCUUCCUCGUCAUCUACCGCCACACCACCUUCCCCACCGUCUUCUCCUUCUUCCCCAUGCUGAGGUACAUCUGCAUCCGCGAGCGCAUCGAGAUUGUCCACGGCCAUGGGAGCCUCAGUAGUCUGUGCCACGAGGGCAUCCUGCACGCCCGCACCAUGGGCCUGCGUACCGUCUUUACGGAUCAUUCGCUCUUUGGGUUUGCAGACGCGGCGAGCAUCUUGACCAACAAGCUGCUCAAGUUUACGCUCAGCGACGUGGACCACAGCAUAUGCGUGAGCCACACAUGUAAAGAGAAUACUGUACUUAGAGCCUCGCUCGACCCCCUCAUGGUCUCCGUCAUCCCCAACGCCAUCGUCGCGGAGAGCUUCCGUCCGCGCGACUACCCAUCCUCUCCCAUCUCCAGCACCGGCGCCGUCACCUUCGCCCCCGAGACGUCGCCUAACCGCCUCGGCCCCAACGACAUGAUCACCAUCGUCGUCAUUUCGCGCCUCUUCUACAACAAGGGCACCGACCUGCUCACCGCCGCCAUCCCGCGCAUCCUCGAGGACCACCCCAACACGCGCUUCAUCAUCGCCGGGUCGGGCCCCAAGGCCAUCGACCUCGAGCAGAUGAUCGAGACCAACGUCCUCCAGGACCGCGUCGAGAUGCUCGGCCCCAUUCGCCACGAGGACGUGCGCGACGUCAUGAUCCGCGGCCACAUCUACCUCCACCCCUCCCUCACCGAGGCCUUCGGCACCGUCAUAGUAGAGGCGGCCAGCUGCGGCCUCUACGUCGUCUGCACCCAGGUCGGCGGCAUCCCCGAGGUCCUGCCCUCCCACAUGACCACCUUCGCCAAGCCCGAGGAGGACGACCUCGUCCUCGCCACCGGCAAGGCCAUCACCGCCGUCCGCGCCGGCAAGGUCCGCACCGACAAGUUCCACGACCAGGUCCGCAAGAUGUACUCGUGGGCCAACGUCGCCCUCCGCACCGAGCGCGUCUACGACGGCAUCUCGGGCGCCAUCCCCGAGGAGGACUUUUACGGCUUCGACACGAGCGGCUACAACGGCAGCCGCGUCCGCGACUUUGCCCUCAUAGACCGCCUCAAGCGCUACUACGGCUGCGGCAUAUGGGCCGGCAAGCUGUUUUGCCUGUGCGUCGUCAUCGACUACCUCUUCUUCCUCUUCCUCGAGUGGUGGUUCCCCCGCGAGAACAUCGACAUAUGCCCGGACUGGCCGCGCAAAACGCUCGACGCCAACGGCAAGAAGGCCACCGCCGCGAGCAACAGGUCCAGCGGCUCGCACGGCGCGGCCAAGCUGGACUGA